CCCCUGCACGGUCGUUUCAACCCAUCCUUUUCUCCCCCAAAAACUCACCUGAGAAACAAAGCAGGAAAAGAAAAUAUGAGUUGCAAGGUCAGCGCCUUCUGCAUGAUCCUCUUCCUUCUCUUCUUCACACUAUCUUCUGCAGCUGCUGCCGCUCGCCCACUUCAGCAUCCCAAUCCCAGUACCCCAAUCCAAACCCAGAAUCCGGAUACGGAAACAAAGAGGGGUGAAGUGGAUGAUGAUAUCUGCCGAGGGAUUAAAGAAGAAGAAGAAGAAGAAUGCUUGAUGAGAAGAACACUUGCAGCUCACGUUGAUUAUAUCUACACCCAGAAAGCAAACCCUUGACAACCUCUCUUUUUCAUAUUUAUUUCAUAAACCAUAUAUACUUUUUUAUCAGGUUUUAGUUGGAAAAAUAUAGUGUUUUCUUGUGGGAGAAUUUCCCUGGUUGUUGAACCAGUAUUGUAAUACAUGGCAUAGAAGGAAGAUACUAGUGAAUAUUUUAUUUUAUACGUUACAAUCAUUUUAAUUACCCAACGUUAUAUAUCCAAAGAUUUCUUAUGUAA